CUUCCAGCUCUGUAUACCGCACGACCGGAGAGGUAUGAAGACUGAUAACGAACGGUAAGCGUGAUACAUGCUGGUGGAUAUACGGAAGAAGACGGAGGACGCUCUCUGCUAUGCUGGGCUCUAGUCAGAAUGGGUGAGCGUCAGACCUAUGUGAAGCUCAGUGAAGAGAAACUUAUACCAACGUCUGACAUUUUGUCACUGCUUAGGACCUACAACUGUUACCACGAAGGGAAAAACUUCCAGCUGAGGACUCGCGAGGAGGAUGGAGAGCUCAUCCUCGAGGGGUUGCUGAACAUCUACUGGGGUCUACGCCGCCCAAUCAGACUUCAGAUGUACGAUGACAAUGAAAGAUUCCGUCUCAACCGAAACGAUAGAUCUGCUGUGGAAAAGCAGUUAUCAGCGGAGUGUAACAAUAAUUCACUGGACGGAGAAACUGGACCAGCUAGUGGUGAUGUCGGCGGUCAGGAGGAAGAGGAUUCUCCUCAGCUGCUGAGGACCAGGAGUGAUGCUUCCUUCAUGCGGGUUCAGAGGCGGUCAAGAACACACACUGCCAGAGACUUGCAGCGCUUGCGCACACACAGGUUCUCAAUCAACGGACACUUCUACAACCACAAGACAUCUGUAUUUACUCCAGCCUAUGGUUCGGUCACUAACGUUCGUGUAAACAGCUCCAUGACCACUGGACAAGUCCUCAACCUGCUGCUACACAAGUUUAGGGUGGAGAAUAAAUCUGAAGAGUUUGUCCUUUAUAUGGUGCAUGAGUCCGGCGAGAGGACCCGACUGAGGGAUGGUGAAUACCCGCUGGUGGCUCGUGUGCUUUAUGGACCUUGUGAGAAAAUCUCCAAGAUCCUCAUCACGGAGGCCGACCUGGGAGAGGAAGUCACAUAUGAUGUUGCCCAAUACAUAAAGUUUGAGAUUCCUGUUUUAGACAGCUUCGUAGAGAAACUUAAAGAGGAAGAGGAACGUGAGAUAAACAAACUAACCAAAAAGUACAGUGCUCUGAGGUCUAUGAUUCAACACCAGCUUGAAGGCAGAGAUCACACAAGUGACAGAGUAUGAAUGUUUCUGUAUGCAUGUACUGACGUAACCUCUGUGUGUGUGUGUGUGUGUGUGUGUGUGUGUGUGUGUGUGUGUGUGUGUGUGUGUGUGUGUGUGUGUGUGUGUGUGAGGGGAAGGGGUGUUUGCAACACUAAUGAUUGUUGAUUUACGAUGGGAACAUUUCCAAAUGCUGUAGUGAAUGUAGAGGUAAAGGUAAAAAGGUAAAAGUAAAGGCUGCAAUAGAACCAUAUCAUACACCAAUGUGCUUCUACUUUUAGAAUUACAUAUCUCAAAAGUUUGUAUGAUCUGUUUUGUUAAUGUUAUUACUAUUAAGUGUAUCACUGCUAUGAUAUCUCUGCUAUUAAUAUAUUUGCAUUUUGUAUGAAAAGUCUUACUGCAAAUAUGGAUAUUUAUACAAGCUGUUUUUGGUAAUGUUUUCUCUGACCUUUUUAUGUAAUAAAUCCGUUUUAGUGUGACCUUUA